ACAUCUUUGCAUCGACGGAAAAGAUAAUAGACUAGGAAUAGUUGGUGAGCGCGACCAUUGUGGUUAACCAACCAAAUAAAGGUUUCCGAGAAUAAUGACUUGCUGAGAAAAGCAUAUUCAGCGUAGUUUCCUAUUUCAACCGUACCGCUUUCAAUUAGUCGAUUCACUUCAUGAACGAUGUUCACGCUUGACUUUAGGUGCGAAUAUUGUAUUUAUGUAGAAAAAAUAAUUUUCCUUUAACUAAAAUGUAAAUUAAAAUCUCUUUAAAAAUUUUUAAACAUGAGUGGUAUAGAUGACUUAAUUUUUUAUCGUUAACAGGUGUUAUCUAAAAAAGCAGUCAUAAUGACACGGUUAUUAACAGCAAUAUUUUCUUCUUGUCUUAUUAUCUUUUUCAGCUGCACAAGGAGUGCCAAAUGAUUGGACAUAUCGGUCGUGCUCACAGAGAAAAUCCAAUCAAAACCGUCAUUAUUUCUCAUGGAAAAAUCUUGCUUCAUAGGUGGCUUUUGAAAUGUAUAUUGAGGCUCUGUCAGUGGUUUAAUUUUCUUGGCGAAUUUAGGAAUGAUUGCUAUAGUUGUUUACAAGUGCACAGCUGGAACAAUUUUUUUUUUUGUUUUUUUUUUGCUUGACUUUGUCAAGAGGUGCAAAUCUUAUUGGGUGGAGAAGAGAUAAAAGCAGUUUCCUUUAUUUGACAUCCGUGGAAUCCCUCGAAAAUACUACAACAACCCGCGCAAGCUUCAAAGGAACUGAUCCACAAUUUGCGAUCAACAUAUCAGUCAAUUUUGGUUUCUUUGCUGUCGCUCAAAGGAAAGUCUCAGCAAUUCUUCGAUGAGCAAUGAGCAAUUCUUCAACAUUUUCUGUUUUUGUGACCACCGGCAACUGUAUAAUAAUCUUUCUUAUUCCUCUGACGAUUUUGGGUGAUCUUGCUGUUUGUACGGCGUUUUGCUUGAACCGCACAUUAAGGACGCGAACGAAUGUGUUUUUCCUGAGUCUGGUGACGUCGGACAUUCUUCUAGCUUUGCUGGUAAUGCCACUAGAGAUUGUUCGUCUGUCGCAUUACUUGCACUGGCCUUUUGGACGAACUGUGUGCAAUGUUUUUAAUUCGGGAUUUGUUUCCCUUGGAGGUGCCUCCAUUUGCAACUUGUGCGCAACAGGAAUUGAUCGGUAUUUGGCCAUUUCUCGUCCAUUAAGGUACUGCCGUGAAAUUUCAAACACCGUUAUCGCAUCUGUUGCCUUCGUGUGGCUAUUUGCAUUUAUCAGUGGAUUUAUAAGUUACUUUCUAUGGAGUCAAUCCCAUCCGCUGAUCUGCGCAGACCUCUCAGCUCCCCUGAGUUACUCAGUUUUGCUGUUACUUUUCGACCUUCUCGCACCAUUCGUAAUUUGUCUUUUUAUGUACGCCAAGAUAUUUCGAAUAUCUCGUCAACAAGCGAGAAAGAUCACCUCGACCUGCCGUUGGAUCAGAGGAAAACAUUACAAUGCACUUCAGGAAAAGAAAUCAGCGAAAACGCUAAGUAUCCUGGUUGGUCUUUUCGCCCUGGCGUACCUUCCCUUUCUCAUAUUUCACGCUAUAGAUGGCGCUUUCAACGAGCAAUUCCCGAAUAGGUUUUAUUUCGGUAGUGUUGUUAAGUGGCUGGUCUUUGCCAACUCUACAUUAAACUGGGCCGUGUAUGGAUUUCUUAAUAAAGAGUACAGGAAGGCAUUAUUCAAGAUUUGCAGUGCCUUAUGGUGUAAACGUCGCCACAGGAUAAUCGACCAAGCUGAUAACAUAGACGCUUAUUCUAUUUCUUAAAGGAAUAAAAUAUAGGGCUGAAAAUCAGAUAAGUUGAGCAAAUGUUAGGAGAUAGUUACUCUAGAGAGGAAAUGAAAAUGUCCUAUUCUAAAGACUCUAUAUCAAGUCAAGAAAUUGAAUACGAAAUGUGAUAACCGACUUUCUACCAAAAAUCGAAUCAAUAUGAAAAGAAGGAGUCAGGUUAUUUGCUUAAGAUGAUCAACCAAGAAACUGACAGCCUUUUGUCCUGAGUCACUCAAGAUUACUUCCGAUCUUGAUGGUCCCAGAAGGAUCUCGAAAAAUCAAAUCCUUGAUUGUGGAAUCUACUUUCGUGACGAUCAUGCCUAAGCAGCAUCUAUAUGUUAUACUUCAGAACAUUCCAAUGAUAUGCAAGUUAGGUGCAAGAUUGAGAUCAUUCCCAGGAGACCAAUUAGGUUGAGCCUUGAGCCUGGUCGAAAGUUGUUUUGUUUUGCUUCGUCGCUUAGAAGGCAUAUUUAAGAGUUAAACAUCUGUCGUGAGGCACACCUUUCACCCCACGGAAUGGCAUAAUUAAACUGCUAAACUGCUUUGACUUGGAAGCUCAUAGAAACGUACGUCAUGACUUCAUACAGAAUAUACAAAUUUAUUGAAAUGGAUGUAAUUUUACACAAUAGAUGCUACUCCAUGUUAUUAGGUAAUAAAACAAUCGUUAAGAAGAACAUCUUUUGUAAGGAAUGAUUUCUGUACAACAGAAUGUCACAGAACUUUAAAUUAUCAGUAUCCAUCAAUGAGAAUUGCUCUAUAUUUCUUGUAAAGGGACAUAUAUACAAUUGCGCUGUUUGAUACACAUCAGUAGCAAUAUAUUAGAUUCUGUGAUUUUCCAUCUUUUGAUUGUAUACAUUCAAUAAAGUGAUAACUGAGCUUACGCAUUUGUAACGUUGAAAAUAUUAAAUAUAUUAAAUAUGUGCAUCUCCAGUGUUGUAAAUAACUAAAUGAACCUAUUGAAAGCUAAAUAAAUAGAUAAACGUUUCUAUUAAAAAGUACAUUUGCAUUUGUAAUAUACAUUUUGUAACCACCCUAAAAUGUCUACAUCGUUACUCUACUGGUAGCUAUAUUUGGUACUGUUAUUAGCAUGAGUAGCAAGAGUCAGUCCGUUCAACAGCCAAUGAUGGAUUGUGUGGUUUAGUGCGCUGCAUAUAAGUAACGUACACACGUUCAACAGGAGCCAAAAAUAAAUGAGAAUCGUAAAAAACCACUCGUCUACCAAUCGUUUGAAAACUUCGGCAGUCAUCCCCUCAGGUGAUAGUGUAACGUAACAAACUGUUUUUGAAUAAAUAUCAGCGUUGGAAUUUUCACAGAUGGAAUUUUAAUAUCUCU